AUGUCUUCUCCUUCUACUUCCAGCAAAGAAGUUAAAACCGAAGAAAAUAAUGUGUCCUAUGAACAUGACUUAGAAGAACGCACAGCCUGGAACAAAAAACUUAUAUGGACUGCCUAUGUUAUCGUUAUAGCUACUGCUUUCAUUGAAGCAUUUGCUAAUGACUCUACCAGCUCCUUAGAUUCUUAUGCUACAUCUAAUUUCAAUGCACAUUCUUUGAUCGCAACAGUAGCAGUGGUUUAUAAAAUCACCGCCAUUUGUUCUUAUCCAAUCUUAGCUAAGAUUGCCGAUCUUCUCGGUAGAGGUGAAGGUUUCACUAUUGCCGUCAUUCUUUAUACUUUAGCAUACGUUCUUUAUGCUUCUUGCACCAAUGUUGAAACUUAUGUUGCAGGUGAAAUCUUCUUCUCUAUUGGUAAAACUGGUUACCGUAUCUUUCAACAAAUCUUCAUUGCUGAUACUACUUCUUUAAUUAAUAGAGGGCUUCUUUCACAACUUCCAAAUGCAAUUGGUGCCAUUCCUUCCUUAUACGCAGGUACAUAUGUCAUGGAUAGCUUCUUGGAACAUUCAACCUGGCGUUGGGGUUAUGGCUGCUUCGCUAUCGUCCUUGGUGUAAGUCUUAUCCCUCUUGCAGUUGUCAUGUUUUAUCUUGACCAUCGUGCUAAAAAAAAUGGUGAAAGAAAAGUCAUUCGUAUCACCGAAAGUAUUGAUCCAAAUUCACCUUGGUAUAAAAAGGCUUUCCAAAUAUUAUUCGUGGAAUUAGACCUUUUCGGUGGUGUCUUAUUGCUUUGUGGUAUGGCCCUUUUCUUUGUUCCUUUCACUUUAACCGGGAAACAGUCUUCCUAUAGAUGGCAUGAAGGUAGAUUGAUCGCAAUGCUUGUCGUUGGUUUCUUCAUAUUUUCCUUCUUCCUUGUAUGGAAUUUGAAAAUCGCUAAAAAACCAUUCGUACCUGUCAAUACAUUGAAACUGAAAAGUGCUAUAAUCAUCAUCAUAUUGGUUGCAUUGGAUUUGUGCGAAAACUCAUCUUUUGCAACCUAUUUUAUAACAACUUUACAAGUCUCAGGGUAUUACACUGCCGGGGGUGCAACUAGAAUUGAUAGAUCAAAAAAGGUCUGUAUUGACAUUUUCAAUGUUGUAUGCGGUCUUUUAAUGAAAUACACUAAAAGAUCCAAAAUCUAUGCAUUGAUUGGUAUUCCCGUCUUGAUUUUGGGACAUGGAUUAUUAGUCUGGGCGAUUUGGAGAGAUGGUAAAGUCGAGAGACAGGAACUUUUAAUUCUCUUUGAAGUCUUCAUUGGGGCAGGUAGAGGUAUAUAUCAAGCCAGUCUUCAAGUCAUAAUCCAAGGUAUUGCGGGUGUGGAGGGUAUUGCCAUGUCUACAGCGUUUUUCUUAGCCUUUAACUCGGUUGGUUCCUUGAUUGGGUCAGCAAUUGCUGGUGGUAUUUGGAAUUCUGUCAUUCUCAAAAAAUUGAAUAAGUAUUUGCCAGAGGAACAUAAACAUAAUGCAACCAAAAUCUAUAAAAACUUAGUUCUUGCCAAAAGUUACAAAAAAGGAACUCCUGCUAGGGAUGCAAUUGCUAGAUCCUAUGCUGAAACUUUAAGAAUUAUCGGAUGGGUUGGCUUAGGUAUUAUUAUUCCAAUGUUUUUCUUAAUGUGGUUUAUCAAAGAAGUCCCAUUGACCAAAUAUCUGGACGCUUAUGGUAAUGACUCAAGUGAUGACUCUAUUGAAAAGUCAAGUGAGAAAAUGCCAGAAAAAAAAGAGAAUACCAAUACUGAUAAACAGGUGACUGCUUGUAUUAAAUCUUAG